UUAUGUCUUUUAUCCCAAAGUAUAUACUCAUGAUUGUAAUGGUGUGAAAAAAAGACCCAUUUUUCAACCCACGUUGUCCCUUGAAAUACCCUUUUCAUUUGUAUUCCUUGUGCAAGUGUAAAGCAAACUUCUCCGAACUCUUUUAUUCUUCUUCCAAUCCUCCUUUUUCUCACUCAUAUCAGACAAAACAAAAAACAAAAAAAUAGAGCAUACAAACCCACCUCAGCUUCUGACAUUUGAAUCCCAAAUUUUCUUCCUUAGAUUAUUUAUUAUUAAUCCUUCACUCCAUCAAAAUAUUCUUAUAUAAAGCCUUGGAGUUUGUAUUAUCCUUCAACAGAGUUGAUAUAAAACAGGAGGCAGCUAGACCCUAGGGAAAUGAUACAGGAAGAUCAAGGUCAGUGUUCUUCUCAAGCGAUCAAUAACUACCACCAGGCCUAUCAAGAGCAUCUUCUCCUUCAGCAGCAACAGAUGCAGCAACAAAACAACGAUAUCUAUGGUGGAGGGUUGAACAUGUACCAUGGUGAAGUUUCUCCAAUCUUGCAUCAACCAUGGUCUAUGCCUCAUCAAGUGGUUCACCACCAUCACCCCCUCAACCCUGUGAGAGAGCAUGACCCUUUUCUUGUCCCUCCCCAACCCUCACCCUAUGCAACUUUGUUCAACAGAAGGGGUCCCUCUCUUCAGUUUGCAUAUGAUGGUUCAUCUUCUGACCAUCUUAGGAUCAUAUCUGAUACCCUUGGACCGGUGGUUCAACCCGGUCAAGCACCCUUUGGCCUCCAAACCGAGCUGGCUAAGAUGACUGCUCAAGAAAUCAUGGAGGCUAAGGCCCUUGCUGCAUCCAAGAGUCACAGUGAAGCUGAGAGGAGACGCAGAGAGAGAAUCAAUAACCACCUUGCCAAGCUUCGCAGCUUGUUGCCUAGCACAACCAAAACAGAUAAAGCAUCAUUGCUAGCGGAAGUGAUUCAGCAUGUGAAGGAGCUGAAGCGUCAAACAUCAUUGAUAGCAGAAUCGAGUCCAGUUCCUACGGAGUCUGAUGAGUUAACAGUAGAGGAUGAAGCUGAUGAAGAUGGAAACUCAGUGAUCAAAGCCUCGUUGUGCUGUGAAGAUAGGUCAGAUCUGUUUCCUGAACUCAUAAAGACAUUGAAAGCAUUGAGGCUAAGAACCCUUAAAGCUGAGAUCACAACGCUUGGUGGGCGUGUGAAGAACGUGUUGUUCAUAACUGGGGAAGAAGCAGACUCAAGCAGUGGCAGCGAGGACCAUAGCCACCAACAACAGUACUGCAUUAGCUCAAUCCAAGAAGCGCUUAAGGCAGUGAUGGAGAAGAGCGUUGGGGAUGAGUCUGCUUCUGCAAAUAUUAAGAGACAAAGGACCAACAUAAUAUCAAUGUCCUAGAACUCAUCGAGGUCUUUAUGAGUUUUAUUUAAUUAAAGGCCUAUACUUAUUAUCAUUAUUAUCUACUUAUAAUUAGUUGUUAUAUAUUUACUAUAUAUUUUGAUUUUGAUUUGCAUAUUUUUUUGGGGGGUGUGGUUUGUUCUUUUUUUUUUUUUUUCUUUUUAAUUAAUGGUGUGUGCUGGAAAAUGUUAUCACUAUGUAUCUUCUCCAUCAACAUCAUCAUCGUUAAGAAAUGAGGUAAUGAUAGUUUGGUGGGGGUUUUUUUUUGUUA